AUGCGGCCUUGCGAGCUGAAGCAGCGAACGAAUGAAGAGAGGAGACUGCUGUUGGCGGUUUGGUACCUCAGCUCAUCUGUCUCCUUAGACGUCCAGCAAAUCGACCCCAUGAGGUUCUCGGCAUAUAUGGAGCAAUGCUUGCGCGAACUUGACGAAGCCAUGGAGUUCGAGUCAGACAUUCACGUCAUCUAUAUUGUCAGAGUUCAGCGCUUAGCAGAGAGAAUAUCCCAGAUUCGGGCAAACGAAGACUGGGAUGGGGGCUUGGGACUUCCAAAGGCCCCGAUCUCAGCUUAUGCAUCCAGCUUCCAGGCCGAGCUGGACAAGCUUGUAGACAAUAUGCCUCCGAUUCUGGAAGAUAAAUGCAAGUAUUCUAAGCCACUACAUGCAGACUGUUACGCUAACGAACGUCAGAUUUCCUAA